CUUAAAGAUGCAAAUAGUAUUAACAACAAAGGCAAAAGACUUCUCAAUAAUUCUGAAAAUUACAAAAACAAAAGUACAUUCAAAAAAUUAAGACCUAUAUAUUUUACUAGAAAUCUUAGCAACUAUCUUAACAAUAAUAAAGAGAACACUUCUAAAGCAAUAUGUAGUAAUAAAGUGACUACAAAUACAAGAUAA